CAGGAAAAAUAUGGCGGAUUGAGUGAGCCUGUAACAGAGCAUAACUUUAUAACAACAUUUGUGCUCACUUGAGCCAUACUAUGAUCGCUAGCACAUUGUGCCAUUUGCGAAUAUUUUUCAUGAGAUUCCAUGGACGUCCUAGAUUUAUUUCUUCAUCGUGUAUUCUCUUUCCCGGGCAAGGAGCUCAAUAUGUCGGAAUGUGCCAGCGCUUGGUAACAGAGAGUACGGUGUCGCAGCUUUUUGAGGUUGCUGAGAAAAGUUUGGGGUAUGACUUAUUGAACAUAUGUUUGCACGGUCCUGAGGAAGACUUGAAUAAGACAGUGCACUGCCAGCCUGCAAUUGUGGUAGCUUCUCUAGCUGCUUUACAGCAUGCGAAGGUCACAGGCGCAAAGGUAACAUCUCCCGCCAAAAGAUUUCACCGUUAGGAGCUAAAAAGAAGAAACAGGAUGAGCUGAUGUUUGAAAGAAGUAGUAGUAGAUCCAGAAAUAUGACAUUUAGCUUGAAAAGUUACUGGGGCUACGGGACCAUGGUCAAAUGGAGUUUGAUCUAAAGUCAAUGUGUAAGCUCAAGACUGCUAUGACUUGUCACCCUUUAUCAAGCAAAGUUAAUUGCUCUGAAUUUUUACAGGUUUGCCUUAAUGGAUCAGAUGAACCUAAUUCUAACGUGGUCACUGCUGGAUUUAGUGUUGGUGAGGUAUCUGCCUUGAUAUUCUCUGGAGCACUUUCCUUUGAAGAUGGUAGGUAUUUAUGAGUAAACAUUUGUUUCAGUCUUUUAACAAGCCAGUCACUGGAAGCUUACCCAGAUUGUCUGUAACUUCAGACUCUGGCUGAUGAAGUAUGAAGGAAGAUCCACUUUAUUGCCAAAACUUUGAUACCUAAAAAGCACGAUCCAUGAACAAUUAGACCAAAUGGCUUCAUGGGAAAUGUUGGCAAAGAUAGUUAGUGAUUCCUUUUUUUUCAUUUUUCACAUCAUUCAAUUAUUUCUUUUAUGACACUCCUUUUCUUUCAGGAAAGCUUGGAUAACAUCCAUCAUUCACUACGUACAACUAAUGGCAGUUAUCAUGUAUAUGUGGCCCAUAGGGUCUUGUCUCCUCACUCAAUGCUCAUUAGUUGUCAAUGUUUUUGCAAGCAAGUAUUUACAUCUGUUAGUUUUCUAUAAACCUUAGGAUCUGAUUCAUAGCUCUACCCAUUUCUUUAUUUGUACAUGUAAGUUGGGUUGAUUUGUGGUUUUAUCAAGAUGAUUUACUCCCACUUAUGAGUUCUCUCUUCCUCUUCCCCGUUUGGGGACUGCCAAACUGACCAUGUUACCAACAGUCUAUUGCUGCCUGAUAGACCUUGUAACACCCUUUGUUUAGCCUGCAAGUUGUUCUCAAGUUUGAGUUUUGGGUUACUAUCAGCAGCCCCUUAUGGAAAAAGUUAAUGAAAUCCUUUCAAAAUAAUUUACAUUUUUUAAACUCUUAGGCCUAAAAGUAGUCCGAGUGCGUGCUCAAGCCAUGCAGGAAGCUUCUGAUAAACACCCCAGUGGUUUGGUGUCCAUUUUGGCACCAGCAAACCUGGAUAUUCAUCUUCUUUGUAAUCAUGCAAAAGAGUGGUCUCACAGAAGUGGCACAGAGGAACCAGUGGCUUGUGUGGCAAAUUAUCUUUUCCCUGGUGGCUGGGUAAUAGGAGGUGACAAGUCAUCUGUGAAGUAUAUUCUGGAAUUUGGAAAGGCUAAGGUGUGAUAAAUAGAGAAUGAUAAAUGAGCGUGUGUCUUCAAGUGUUCAACUCAAUAUCUUACAAGUGAGUGCAGUGCAGUGCAAUGAGUAGGAUAUUGUUUGAAAAUGAGAAGAGAAAUUUGAUUUCUAAUAUCAACUACAUAUUAUUUUGUUUAUUGUAUAAACACAAUAGGCCUUUACUGACUAGAAAAGUCAGCUCCACACUGUUUUUUUCACAAGUCAGCUCCACACUGUUUUUUCCAUUAACAAAGCGAGCAGGAUGGGUCCAUCUUGCCCACUUGGGUAGCCAAUCAUAGCACAGGAUUUGCUACCUCUUGCCCCAUGGGUGCAGCCAGAAUAUGAUAAUAAAGGUCUUGCUCAAGACUAAAACACAAUGCCCUGUGAAGGCUUGAAUCCUGACCUCUGCUCUUGAAAUCCAGCAUGCUAACCAUAAAAAAAGUUGCAAAGUCAAUUUUCAAUCUAAGGGAAUUAUUAGAUGUUCCUGUCUCUGUAACAUAUAGAUUUAGCCAAGCUUAAAAACAGAGCUUCCCUUUUUUCCGCGCGUGUCUCAAGGGCUCAACACCUUCAGGGUGUGAAAUUAAUUUUUUUUUUCUGAUAGCCACUUGGCUCCUAAAUUUUCAAAGUGGUAGCCAAUUCAAAAAAGUUGGUUGCCAUUUUUAAAGACAAACAAAACUUUUUUUUUUUUUACGCUGUCAGCAUGCUAGAUAGACCCUCUAAAAUUAAGUUAGGAAAAAGAUCUUUCAUGCUACAAAGUGGACACUAGGACUGAUGAUAUUCAACUCUCAAGCUCACCUAAAUCCAAGAUGGUGUCUCGUUAUUGACUAAGAUGCAUGUGCUGUGUUUUGGAAACAAACUUAACGAGGAAGUUUACUGCGGAUUUAUCUUUGCAAAUCUUUUUAAUUCACUAUAUCUCCAGAUAAGGUUAUGAUGAAGCAUUCUAGGUGUUAAUUUGGCAACUAAUUUUCAGGAUUGGUCACCAAAGUGAAAAAUUUAGUUGCAUUGGCACCUGUAUUAGGCACAAUUUCAUGCCCUGACCUUGUCCCGGCCAGGACUAGAACCAGGGUUGUCCGAUUCAGAGCCCAGUGCACUGACCACUGGACAACUGGACAAAUCCAUGGCAUUGACAUGCCUGUGGAACAGUUGACCACACAUGUUAAAAGUAGCACCUUGUAGGUUCGUAUGGUUGUACGGUCGUACGGUCAUACAUUCAAAUUUUUUUGGCUUGAUGGGUUACUACUAUUUUGUAUAAUUAUGGGGUUACGCAGGCUCUGCUAUGAUUGUUACAUAACUUUUGCCUUAAUCUAGUUCUAAAUGAAAAUUAACUUUAUUUUCAUCUCUUAGCAUGGCAUCAAAAGAGCUCAGCUCAUUCCUGUAAGUGGUGCAUUUCAUACCAUACUGAUGAAGCCUGCCCAGGAACCUCUAAGGCAUGUGUUGGAUUCUAUCACUAUUCAAAUGCCCAGAUGCACAGUGUAUUCGGGAACAAGCUGUGAACCCUUUACUGAUGUGGAGCAGAUAAAAAGGUAUACUUAAAUAACAACAAUUGAUAUCAUUAAUGGAAAUCAGAUCUCAGCUAAGUACAAUAAAUCUUUUAAGGCUUGACUGGAAUUUCUGUGUUCUGUUCUGUGUUCUGUUCUGGGACAAGUUGUUCUCACAUUUUGCCGCUAUCCAUCCAAGGGGCAUACAUGGCAGGAUUCAUUAAAACUGCUUAUCAGCAGUGUACUGUCACCUUAAUGACCUCUUAUUGCCAUCUGUUUAGCUUGCAAGCAGGUUCUCUUUGGGUUUUGCCUUACGGCUCCUUAACUUAAUAGAGAGAGUUAUCGAAACCCUACCCAGGUACUGGUAAAUUUUCAGGAGAAGCUGAUUAUGCUAAGAGGAAGAAGCUACCAGUAUCAUCAGCAUCAAGUGGGAGUAACUGUCAGAGGGUAUUGGUUUUCAUGGAUGUAAUCUUUUCUUACCACAGAAAUUGUUAUGAGAUUUUGUAGUCUUUCUGUUCAGUCAUGUAUUAGGCUUGUUAGGCUAGUUACAAGGGGUAUUUACUGGGUUCAUUAUCAUUAAGCCUUAACCCUUUACUGCCCGAGGAAAAUGCUAAAUUUCUAAAAUGAGAACGAUGAACCAUUAGACGAUGCAUAAUAUAUCAUUUUAAAGGGAUUUCCGGGGGUGAGUUAUAAAUGACACCAACAGGUGUGGAGGUGGUAACUGAAAAUGCUGACAAGUGUCUCAAGUGAAAAAUAGCACGUUAAAAUUUUUCAUUUGCCUGGCACAUAAUUGUAGAUACCACUAAAUUAUAGCUUAAAUUACAGCUCCCAGAGCAUUGAUUGUUGUGAGAUGUCACCCUUAGCCAAAACAGGACAAAGACAAAAAGUUCCAAAAAUUGCAGGGUUAGUAAAAUCAAGUACUAUAUCGCAGGGGGCCAUGAUUUUAUGUCUUCAGUGUGCAGAUCUUUCAAUGACCUUUUGGUUGUGAAAAUUAUUUCUAAGUCAAUGAUAGUAAGUCUGGGAAUAACCAGUUAUUUACAAGAGUUUAGGUCAAGGGUGGUGUCGCUGUUAAAAUUACAUCAAUGUCUUACAGAUUUACUGCUUGUCCAAAAUUAUUUGGUUGCUGGUUAAACCAAAGAGUGACUUUGAUCUAAUUCCUUCUUAUGGUGUUACUGGUGAAUCAAACAUUUAGAUCAUGAGAAUGAGAGAAAUGAUUGCAAACUUAAGAAGCUUGUGAUAGUCACACAAAUUCUUCUUGUUCGCACUUUAGGAAAUGUGUAAAGAACAACAUGGAGAAUGUGCAUGCUGAUGUUGUGGUUAAACCACUGUCAGCAACUCAGCUUAUCUCUACCCAAUAUACUCAAUAACUAGUCACUAUUCAGGAUUUGAGAGACGCUGGGAAAUUUCUUAAAGAUUAGGCUGAAGAGGGUGGCAGAAAUUAGGCCUUUUCACAAGUGGGUUUAGAAAUAAUUGGAUGCAGUUACCUUUUCAGCUUGAAGCUACUUGAAAAAUGUAACUUGGUUUAAUCAACCAUUCACUAGCAUCUCAUGCUGUUAUUAAUGGUAGCAAUGCUGAACAGAGUCAAAGCCUUCACCAUCUCUAAUCCUUUUUGUGUUUGAAUGAGGUUCACUGCACUCCAAUCAAGGAACUAGCCUUAGGGUGAAAUGUUUCCUUAACUAUGACAAGUUAAAUUUCAUUCUUCAGUGAAUAGUUUACAACUGUGAAUUGCAUAAUCUUAUAACUCAUAAUUCAAUAACGUAUUUGUAAAGUUUAAAUUCAAAUUGUAACAUGAUCCUUUGCAACUGAAGGUAGUAAAGUUGAAACGUGUUUUGCAAACUGAAUUUAACUCAUAGGAACUAUUUUUUCCUGCUUAUUUCCUAACUGUUUGGAAGAAUCCUACAGUUUGUGUUAUAAAUCAAGCUGUUUUACUCUUCCAUUCUGCAAUGGCUGCUUAACACAUGGCAAAUAUUUGCACCCUUUUAAGGAACUGUAAUGAAUGAAAGCAAGUCUGUUAUUAAAUAAGAGGCUGCUAAAAGCAUUGUACCUUGCUACAUCACCUGUAGUGCUAAAAGCAGUAAGAACAUCCACAUUUUUUCAUAAAGAAUAAGAACUAAUUUAGUGUAUAAUGUUAAUCAAUUUUAUCAGGCAAACCUUAGGGAAAAUAUUCAGAGCAUAACUUUUAAUAAGCUGUCACACUAUAACUAUGAGCAGAACUUAUGCACCAAAUAAUAGAAUACAUUUCAUGCAUGGGGUAUGUGAUCUACAUGAUGGAGAUCUUGUCUUUCAGCUCUUUUUUAUUGAUUUGGUUUUAUGUGUGUGUGUGAUUUUUGAAAUUACACUAGCAUAUUAAGUUUCAAAGAUUUGUCAACCACAAUCAGUUCAUCUGGACUUGGUCCAAUUUUACAUUUCUAUUCAAAUUAAGUCAAAAGCAAUUGGCAAUGGCAUUCCAGAAAGGUCUUUGCUCCUAUUUUGAGUGCUUCUGUCUAGAUCUGACAGAAGCAAGUUGUUCGUAAUAUAAGGUGAUUUCAAAAGUAGAUGAACAAAGCCUGACAUUAGUUAGAUUCAAUGGCUUUUAUGUGAAGUUUUAUCAGGUAGUGCUGUUGCUCCUUAAAUUACCUUCACUCAUCUACAAUGAUGCAAAUAAGUUUUGUUCACUCAUACAAUUGUUGGCAGUAGUAUGUAUUUUAUAAAUAGCAGAACUAUACCACAAUCAACUACCAUUGUUCCCUUAUCAGGUUUGGCUUUCAAAUUUGCAUUUCUCAGAAGUGGUUUGAUUGUGUUUUUACAUGCAUCAAGCAUGACAUUGUGAAAGCAAUUGAACCUCAAUCUAUUGGGAAGGGUCAAAUACUUGCCACUUAUUUCAAAUGUGAUAUAUGUUUACCUUCCUGUAAGUUCUGCUCCUUUUUCUGAGGUAAUAUCAAGUUUUCUCUGUAAUAUGUAACUCACAUUUCCUACGGAACUUAGAAAGACAAUAUCUCUGGUUUCCACCAGUACCUACAUGUAUUUAAUCCCAAUACUGUGCUUGUGGUUUCACAGCUUGAAGAGAUCCAUGGGGAACUGUUUUGUUUGUCUCUUAAAUUUUCUUUGUGAAUAUUUUAUCAUUACAUACUAAGUUAACAAGCAAUCUAGGAUCAGGAGUGAGUAACAAAUUAAAAAUAACUUUUAUAUGGUGUGACCUAUAGAACAUAAGGGUGGAUAACUUGCAAUCUUAAUUAUGAAUUAUUGAGCAACAAAGUUAAUGUCAUCCUAUAGAAAGCAAAAUACAAAUUCAUCCACUUUGUACUCUUUUAAUAUAGUUAUUAAUAGUAAAACGUUACCACCAGUAGGUGAAUGAUGAUAAGCUUUUCUUGAUUUCAAUCAAAUUGAGUCUUGCUCAUACCAUUGCUUUACAUUGACUCCAUCUGCUUCUGUCCUGCAUGGGAAGUUUUAGUUCCUCAGCUGUCACCAACAACUCAGUAAAUCCUUUCCAUUGCUAUAACUGCUCACCCCCUGCAUUCUGCAUUUCUUGUGUCAACUUCUGGGGAACCAGCUUACUAACAAAAUGCUCAAUGACUAAACCCUGAAUUUAAAAUAAAUCUUUGAUGUUACUCUUGAAAGAAAAUAGCUUUCUGUUUUCAGAAUGGAAUGCCUCAUAUUGCUCUCUUUGUUAUUUUGCAGUUUACUUGUACAGCAACUCGUGGAGCCAGUUCACUGGAUGAAAACAAUCCAAAAUAUUAUCAAGCAAAGGACAAACCCAGAAAAAAUCUUUGAAGUAGGCCCAGGAAAACAGUUAAAGGCUAUGAUUUCUCGUAUUGACAGAACACUGUUGGAUAAUUUUACCAACCUGGAGACAUAAACCAUAACACAAGUGACAAAAGGAUGUUUUGAAAUUCAGGAAAUUUAUUGUGCAAGUCUGGCCUUGAAUGAUCUUGACAGUGAAAACAUUGCACUUGGAUCCCUUUGUGACAUAACAAGAAUGGAACCUCUACCCGAGUUUGUACUUAACUGGAUAAAAGACACUACGGGUAUCCCUCCUUCAAAUAUUGGUUGAAAUUACCAAGGAUUAAAAGACUAAAUAGUGAUGGCAAAUGUUUCAGAUAUUUCUAAUGGUGACAGAAAUUUUAUUUAAAGUGCAACAUUCAAACAUGGCUUUAAGUGUUGCAUGAAAUUUUUGCAUGGUUAAUUUUCUGGGGAUUUUGCAGAUGGUCCUCAAUCCAUGAAAAUAAAUUCAAACUAAAGGAAAACUGCAACAGCAGCAAAAUAGACUGCAGGAAAAAUUCACCGCAUCCAGUGAAACGAAAUAACUCUGUAUACAAAUCAAGUUUCAAUUCUUACUCUGUAUGUUUGCACUUUGCAAAAUAUCCAUCUCCAAAUUAUCAAUGUAUUUAGUAGAAAAUCUGAGUGAGUUACAUUGUUUCCUUGCAAAUAUUCAGCUUCUUGCAUUGAAAUUGCAAAAAUUAGCUCCAAGAAGAAACUUUAGCUAUCUUGAAUUGAGAACAUAUGUCCCUGUACAAAGUUCUUGAUACACUAAAUACAGAUCAAGGGAACAUACCUGAUAUAAAAUACAACAAACAAACAAUGGAGUGUGAGUCAACGAAAAAAUUAUUAAAACUUCCUAUUCCAUAUAAUUUGCAAUGAGAGCUUUGGCUGAAAUGUGACCCAUUUGGUUUGUAAUUUAAGCAUGAAAACAGGUUACACAGCGAUUGUGUAUGAUUUAUCCCUAGGCUUGUUAACCUUACCAAUUCAUUUUAUCUUUUAAUCACCAGUGCAGGUGACGAACAAUGUCUUUAAAACCUUGGCGUGCAGACUGAACAUAAAUGUCUCGAGGCCGAACCUAGUGAUUUAACUGAUAUAUCACAGUGUAAGACACAUGCUCAGAGGGUUCCAUCAAGCAAAUGUAAUUAUGGGAGAAUAGACUGAAGUAAAAGUACAUUCUUUUUCUGUCUUAUCUGAAUUUAAAAAUAGCUCUGGGGAUAAAAUAAUUAAGCUGUAAAAUUCCUCUGUUUCUAGAUGUUUUUUAAAUUGCAUUAAAUUUAAUUUAAUUGCACAGACCAGGAAAUCUUGGCUGAUUAUGUCAAGUUGGCUUACUCUUAAAACUUCCUAGUAAAUACUAUCAAAGUUCUCUGUGGUUUGACCUUACUGUUUUAGCUUUCUUUCAUGUUUAAAGAUAUAUUUAUUUAGUAGGACAAUGCUCUUAGUAUGUAUCCCUUAGCAGCAGCAAGGUUUGUCUUGUUGAAUACUGUGGCAGCAGUCUUAGAAAAGGCUGCCUAAGGGUCCUGGUUGAUGGCAGUUUUUUCAAGUCCAAGUUGCAGUUUCACUUCUUACUUACUGAUGUUAAGUCAUUUCGAAAUGAAACAAGAGGAAC